CCAGCCCUACAAACGCGCACACACUCCUUACUCAGACCUGGUCACACGCGUUUUUCCUGGCACUUAAUGAGGGGGGCGGUAUGGGGGCCUGGACUUGCGUCCACUUCACUCCAGGCUCUGCCGCCUGGCUUUGGGAGGUCGCGGACCCCACUGUCUCAACUCACAGCUCUAGAGCCCCCUCUCCUACGCGCUCACGGGCCCUGGCGCGCGCACAUACACCUUGGACAUUCCCAUAGUGCCUCACGUGACAGCCGGCCCCGAACGUGCCCACCCUUCACACACGCUUACGCACGCGUGCACACACGCGCACACACAAACACACGGCCACUUCCCAACUCCAUCUCGACCCCCACCCAAAGCCCUGAGAAGGCACUCAUUGACUGUGACACACCUACACUCAUUCACAGACACACACACUCCCCCACACAUUCCAACUACAGACACAUUCAUAAACGGCCAGGAGAAGUACACAUGCACCCCCUUGCCUAGCCUACUGUUUCAGGAGCCCUGAGUCAUUCCUGCCCCCUCCCAGAGCUCCCCAUUUCCCUGUGCGCAAGCCCACAGGCAGGCUUGAGAAUUCUUGGACAGUCCUCUUCACCUGAGCCCUGGUCCUCUCCCAGUUCCCCCUUCCCCUCUGUGUACCCUGUGACACUCAGCGAGGACUUCCUGUGGGUCCCAGAUCAGGGGUGAGGAGGGCCUGGAGGGUUGCCACAGCCCGGGUGUGAGUGGGGGAGGCAUUUCCUUUAACUGAACUCUGGGAUCCUGCAGGAGGAAGCCGGGAAGUUGGGCGGGGGCCCAGCAGAGGAAGUGCUGACAGUGGUGGGGCUGACCAUCCUAGAAACACUGGGCCUUCCUCAGGGAGGAGCCAGGGGUGCCAGAGGCCUGGGAUGAAGAGCUUGACAGAGAGGAGGCCCAGAGGGGCCGCAACCUGAGCCCUUACCAUGGAGUCCAUGUUUGAGGACGACAUCAGCAUCCUGACCCAGGAGGCCUUGGGGCCCAGUGAGGUGUGGCUGGAUGCCCCUGGAGACCCCUCGCUGGGGGGAGACAUGUGCUCCGCUUCCCACUUUGCCCUCAUCACAGCUUAUGGAGACAUAAAGGAGCGGCUAGGGGGCCUCGAGAGGGAGAAUGCCACCCUCCGCCACCGUCUGAAAGUCUACGAGAUCAAGUACCCGCUGAUCAAUGACUUUGGAGAGGAGCAUGGCUUUUCUCUGUAUGAAAUCAAGGAUGGCUCCCUGUUGGAGGUGGAGAAGGUCAGCCUGCAGCAACGGCUCAAUCAGUUCCAGCAUGAGUUGCAGAAGAAUAAGGAGCAGGAAGAACAGCUCGGGGAGAUGAUCCAGGCUUAUGAGAAACUCUGUGUGGAAAAGAGCGACCUGGAGACGGAGCUGGGGGAGAUGAGGGCCCUGGUAGAGACCCACCUGCGGCAGAUCUGUGGUUUGGAGCAGCAGCUGCGGCAGCAACAGGGCCUCCGGGAUGCAGCCUUCUCCAGUCUGAGCCCCCCACCUGCCCCUGCCCCACCCUGUGCUGAUCUGGACCUGCACUAUUUGGCUCUGAGAGGGGGAUCUAGCAUGAGUCAUGCAGGCUGGCCAGGCCCUACGCCGAGUGUGACUGAGCUAGAGCGGAGGCGCCUGGAAGAGGCUCUGGAGGCUGCCCAGGGAGAGGCCCGGGGGGCUCAGCUUCGGGAGGAGCAGCUCCAGGCUGAGUGUGAGCGGCUACAAGGGGAGCUGAAGCAGCUGCAGGAGACCCGGGCCCAGGAUCUGGCCUCCAACCAGUCGGAGCGCGACAUGGCGUGGGUGAAAAGAGUUGGGGAUGAUCAGGUGAAUUUGGCGCUGGCUUACACAGAGCUGACGGAGGAGCUAGGCCGGCUGCGGGAGCUGAGUUCUCUGCAGGGUAGGAUUUUGAGGACUCUGCUGCAGGAGCAGGCGCGGAGUAGCGGCCAAAGGCACUCGCCGCUGUCACAGCGCCACUCCCCGGCCCCCCAGUGCCCCUCACCAUCCCCGCCUGCCCGAGCGGCGCCUGCGUGCCCCCCGUGCCAGUCCCCCGUCCCCCAGCGCCGCUCUCCCGGACCCCCUUGCCCCUCGCCCCAGCAGCGCCGCUCGCCGGCGUCGCCCUCCUGCCCGUCGCCCGGUCCUCAGCGCCGCUCGCCGGUGCCGCCGUCCUGCCAGUCCCCCAGCCCGCAGCGCCGCUCCCCGGGGCCGCCAGCCUGUCCGGCCCCGCAGCCCCGGCCGCCGCCGCCGCCGCCCCCGCCGGAGAGGACGCUGGCCGAGCGCGCCUACGCCAAGCCGCCCAGCCACCACGCGAAGGCUGGCUUCCAGGGCCGGCGCAGCUACUCCGAGCUGGCCGAGGGCGCGGGCUACGCGGGCGCCUCCCCGCCCUGGCUGCAGGCCGAGGCGGCCACGCUGCCCAAGCCGCGGGCCUAUGGCGCCGCCGAGCUCUAUGGCCCCGGCAGGCCGCUCAGCCCGCGGCGCGCCUUCGAGGGCAUCCGCCUGCGCUUCGAGAAGCAGCCGUCGGAGGAGGAGGAGUGGGCCGUGCCCCCCAGCCCACCCAGCCCCGAAGCGGGUACCAUCCGCUGCGCCUCGUUCUGUGCCAGCUUCCCCAUCCCCGAUUCCCCCACAGCCACCGCCUAUGCCCACGCCGAGCACGCGCAGUCCUGGCCCUCAAUCAACCUGCUGAUGGAGACAGUGGGCUCUGAUAUCCGAAGCUGCCCCCUCUGCCAGCUGGGUUUUCCUGUCGGGUACCCGGAUGACGCCCUCAUCAAACACAUUGACUCCCACCUGGAGAACAGCAAGAUCUAGGGUGCCUCCCCCACCCAAUGGCUGUUUCUCUGCCCUCUCUCAUCACUCCCAAACACUCACUCUGAAUGCUGCAUGAAUCUCGUGGGGGGGCCCCUGCCCCUCGCGACCCCCAGAUACCUCCACUAGCUACCGAGUCAACGUGUGUGCCAUCUUCCCUGGUCCAGGCACCACUCAGCCCUGGCUCUUCCCAGGAGGUCAGUUGAGGCUCUCCCCAGCUCCCUGGCUUCUGCUAGGAGGUGGGGAUCUAGGCUGGGACAGGGAGGGGCAUACCCCACCCAGCCUCUCCCUCUGCCUUUCUGUUCUCAAACAGGGUUGGAUCCAAGAGGGUGUCUAGUGCUUGGGCCUGGAGGAGGGGGAGAGUAUCAGAGGACUCCAGGAGCUCCCCCAGCCUCUCCCCAGACACCCAUCUUUCUCAGGCUGUGCUCUGCCCAGGGAACGCCUCCUUGGGGGAUCCCAGAGCCUGCCCUGCACACUGAUGGCCAGCUCAGGGCUUGGGACGUGGGCCCCCAUUGGGGGAAGGAGGCAUCUUGUUUCUUGCCAUCCCCGGCAGGCUAGCCCUGUUCUCCCUUCUGCCCACCCUGGGGAAUAAGGAGGGUGGGAGAAGAGAGGGAGGACCCUUAAGGACCCGAAGGAUCCAACCUAAAGAGGAUGCCCUAUGGGCCAGGGGGCCCUGCACCAUGACCCUCAGGUCAGGGGACUAUCUGUGCCAACCUUCCAGGCCCAUGCCCUCCCCCUGGAGCCCUUGACACCGAGGCACAGAUUGUUAAGGCAGAUCCUCCCAUUCCCCUGUGCUCCACUUGAGCCCCUGACACCGCAGGUGCCCUGGAGCCCGUGUGUGACUCAGCCUCUGUUAGCUGAGUAGGUGUCAUGAGCCCUGCUUCCCAGGCCAGAACCUGAGGAUGGGCCCAGGGUGCUGUGGAGAUCAACUUUAAAAGAGCUAACCCCCUUCCCACACCCCAGCGACCCACAUUCCCUCUGUGAAAUCUACCUCAGAGUUGUACCCUCAGAAGGACGGGUAAGCAGGAGGCCAGGGGGUCACCGGGGCUGAGGUGGGGAGCUUCCUACAGCAAGAGCCUACCGCCCACGAUGAAUCCAACCUCCACCCCCACUGCCAACCUCCGCUGGGUGGCAGUGGACGCUAUUGUCAGUGCAUGUACCAUUUUGAUCCAACUCUUCCAGGCCCCCCCACCUCCUCACGCUCCUCCCCUCUUCCUCAGUGCAGGGGAGUGAAGAGGUGUGUCAGGCAGGGAAGGGGCCAAGGACUCCAGGGACACAUGGCAUUGUACCUUGAGUGUUCCCUCGGGGAGGGGAAAUGGGGAAGGGGGACCGGAGAGGGGAGGUGGGGGCCCCUGAGCUCUCUGAACAAGUUGGAAGUUCAAAUAAAACGUACCUGUUCCAUCUG